AUGGCUACUUUACCAAUUAUUAUCACUAGCAGCAGCAGUGAUGAUAGCAUGGAUAUUGAUAUCAAUGACCUCACUAAUCUGGAUGACUUCGCUAACUCAGAUGACUCUGCUAAUCAGGAUGCUACUACUAACUCAGAUGCUACUGCUAACCUGGAUGCUACUACUAACCAGGAUGCCACUGCUAACCUGGAUGCUACUGCUAACCAGAAUGCCACUGCUAACCCAGAUUUUAUUGCUAGCCAGAAUGCUACUACUAAUCCAGAUGCUACUACUAACUCAGAUGCUACUACUAACCAGGAUGCUACUGCUAACCAGGAUAAUGCUCCUGCUAACCAAAAUGAUCCUGCUAAUCAGAAUAUCCCCAAUAAAAACAAUUCAGAUGAUCCAAUAGUAAUAAUCCAGAUGACUCUGAUAGAGGAUACCUCUGAUGACAACUAUGAAGCAAUCGCUAGACCCACAUGUCAACCGACUGCCUUUAAUAAAUUUAAUAAUAUUAAAGAUAUAUCAAAAAAGGUUGUUGAUGAAAAAGGUAAUCAAAAAAGGUUGUUGAUGAAAAAGGAAAUCAAAAAAGCUGAUAACUUUUGUUAG